GGAUCGGGGCGGGGCCGCCGCCAGCCGGAAACGCGCGCCGCCGAGCUUCCUGAGCCGCGCGCGUUUCGCUGUCGCUCCGCUGCAGCAUGGGGCCCCUGCCGCGGACUCUCGACUUCUUCUACGAUGUGCUGUCCCCCUACUCCUGGCUGGCCUUCGAGGUCCUGUGCCGGUAUAAGAAUAUCUGGAACGUCAGCCUGCAGCUGCGGCCCACCUUAAUUGCUGGGAUCAUGAAAGACAGUGGAAACCAGCCACCAGCUAUGCUUCCCCGCAAAGCUACAUACUUGAAAAAUGACAUUAGGCUCCUGGGACAGCAUCUCCAGGUUCCCAUCCACUUUCCUAAGGAUUUUUUCUCAGUGAUCCUUGAAAAAGGAAGUUUGACAGCUAUGCGCUUCCUCACUGCUCUGAAAAUGGAACAACCGGAGAUGCUGGAGAAAGUGUCCAGGGAGCUUUGGAUGCGCGUCUGGUCACGGGAUGAAGACAUCACACAGCCCCAGAGCAUCCUGGCUGCUGCAGAGAAGGCUGGCAUGUCCACCGGACAAGUCCGGAGUCUUCUGGAAAGGAUCUCAACACCACAGGUGAAGGACCAACUCAGGGAGACCACUGAGGCAGCCUGCAAAUAUGGGGCCUUUGGGCUACCCGUCACCGUGGCCCACCUGGAUGACCAAGCACACAUGCUGUUCGGCUCUGAUAGGAUGGAGUUGCUGGCACACCUGCUGGGAGAGAAGUGGAUGGGCCCUGUGCCUCCAGCUGUAAAUGCCAGACUUUAAGGAAGCUCCGAGGAUGCAAAACUCUUGUCAUAUCCUGUCCAUUCUGGGUGUUUGAGAAGAACAGCUCACUGUGUACUCCCAGACCCCUGCCCACCUUGGGGCAGCUUAUGUGGAAGAAGCAGGAAACAGUCCCUCUUUCUCUUCCACAGAAGCUCCCUAAGUCUCUCUGUUGAAGACGGAAGACUAAGCCAGGUGGAUUUUGUAACUAACUUGUUGGGCACUUCUGACCAGCCAGAGACAGGGCUGGGGCCAGAAGCCCAGUGGGAGUGAAGGCUGGAGGGAACCAGAGCAUGACUGAGUUCACAUCCAGAUGUUUAAAUGGCAUCCAGCUGCUCUGAUCAGCAGAAUCAAGACAAGGCCACUCAGGGAGACUGGCCAGAGUUGCCAUGGCCUGAAGAAGUUGCUCAUCCGCCCAUGGUUCCUUCCCCUCACCCACAAAGCAGAUCCCGAGAACACCCCAGCCUCUCUCCCUGGCCUAUUAUGACCCCUGUCCCCUCCCACACAAACCUAUAGCUUUCCCACCCCCACUCCAUCCAAAGUCCCUGCUGUAUCUGUGCCUGCCGUGCAAUCAUCAGAAUGCUUUGUUUUGCCAUAGUAUCUGGACUUCCUGGAGAAUACUCUUUAGAAGCUGAAACCACCUUUGGACAUCUGUUGGGAACCAGGUGUGAAGACUUCAAUGAUUCAAGGGGCUUAAGAGUAGAUACCAUCUUCCCUUUGCUGCUUCCCUCUGGCUGUCUCCUGUCAUACCCCAUUUUCCACUGUGGUCCCCCCAUCACUUUCUGUCUUCCUCCUCUCUCCCCUUUUUCAUUA